UACAACAGUAUAAGCCAAUGUAUCAAUGUCAACAAAAUAAUAAAAUGGUUGUUAGAACUCUAGCAGGUAAAGAUCCCAGACGCAGAGCCACUUCACACAGUUUGAGUGCAAAAAUAGCAGUGUUUUAAUGAGCAAAAACUGCAGUGGGUCUCCAAUGCAGAAAAAUGGUAAACAAACUGAGAUAGACGAUGCAAAACAGGACAGCAAAAAAUAAAAGGCUCUGUACUUAAACCAGUAACAAGUAAAAAUACUAAGAAUGGGAGAAAAAAUAGGAACAAAAGAGAAUUCCUGGGUGACCAGGAUAGUGUCACGAGGCGCUAGGACAGGAGACAGGCAUACAGAAAUACUAGACUGGAGCAGGAACAAGAGCCACAAAUACCAAUGAGAUAAGCAAAAGAAGCCGACAGAAUUCCACUAUGUCUUAGGUAGCAUGCAGAUGAAGCAGUACAAUCCUCCUGUAGCCAGGUAGCUAAAUACCCCUAAUGGCAAAGUGGCUACAGGUGUGCCUGGUUGCACCGCCCUCUCAGGAAGUCACAGGAUCUAAGGGGACACAAAAAGGGAAAAAAGGUCACCAAGGCCCUCUUGUGUCAAAGAAAGGACUUAUUCCCGGAGCUUGUAAACGAUAUAAAAAAUUAAAUAUAAUUGAACAACACAGCAGGAAACACGCAGGUCCAUGUUUUGUGUACAUGUUAAAAUCAGAUGGACGCUACUGGUGAGGACAUAGUAAUGGCAGUGGAUGCUAGUGGGCCGCAGACCUCUCACUGUGAUACAAGAUGGUCACAGCAACUGUCCGGCCUUCCUCACAAGCUCCUGCAGCGCUUGAUGCCUUUCCAAAGGGAGGGAGUGGAUUUUGCCUUAUCUAAGAAUGGACGAUGUAUGAUUGCUGAUGAGAUGGGUCUUGGCAAAACGGUGCAGGCCAUUGCGGUGGCAUAUGUUUUCAGGAAGGAGUGGCCCCUCCUGGUAGUGGUGCCCUCGUCCCUCAAAUACCCCUGGAUUGAGGAGCUGGAGCGUUGGAUUCCUGAGCUGCAGCCUGGAGACAUCAACCUAGUGGAGAACAAGAGCCACACCAUGGGCAUUAGCAGCAGUAAGGUGACAGUCCUUGGCUAUGGCCUGCUCACCACGGACGCACGCCCCCUGGUGGAGACUCUGAGCAGGCAGCGCUUCUCCGUGGUGGUGGUGGAUGAGUCGCACUACCUCAAAUCCAGGAACGCAGCACGGACUAAGCUUCUGGUGCCGAUCAUUCAGAGCGCCAAGCGUGCCGUCCUGCUCACCGGUACACCCGCCCUGGGUCGCCCUGAAGAGCUUUUUAUGCAGAUUGAUGCACUGUACCCCAAAAUGUUUGGAAUCUGGACUGACUACGCCAGCAAAUACUGCAAUGCCCAUUACAGGUACUUUGGGACCCGCAGGCAGUGGGACUGUCGUGGGGCGUCCAACCUGGACGAGCUGCACCAGCGACUUAGCCAGAUCAUGAUCCGUCGCCUUAAGGCUGAGGUGCUUAGUCAGCUUCCCCCCAAAAUCCGCCAGCGCAUUCCGUUCGACCUUCCAAAGGAAGCUGCAAAGGAGGCCGUGGCCAGCUUCGCCGAGUGGGAGAGACUAAUGAAGGGGUGCAGGUCAGAGGUCGCCGCCCUCAACAACCCCUUCACCGAGGUCAUGAGCCUGAUCACACAGAUGUACAAACAAACAGCUAUUGCCAAGGCCGGAGCAGUGAAGGACUACAUCAAAAUGAUGCUGGAGGCAGAGCAUCUCAAGUUCCUGGUGUUCGCCCACCACCUCACCAUGCUGCAGGCCUGCACAGAGGCCGCCAUCGAGGCCAAGGCUGGUUAUAUUCGUAUUGAUGGAAGCGUCCCGUCCUCUGAGAGAAUCCAAUUAGUUCAUAAGUUCCAGAAUGACCCAGACACAAGAGUGGCCAUCCUAAGUAUCCAGGCAGCUGGUCAGGGUUUGACCUUCACCGCUGCAAGCCAUGUGGUGUUUGCCGAGCUCUACUGGAACCCUGGGCACAUUAAGCAGGCUGAGGAUCGCGCACACCGCAUCGGGCAAACAUCGUCUGUCAACGUACACUUCCUCAUCGCCAAGGGUACCUUUGACACCGUCAUGUGGUCCAUGCUGAACAGGAAGGAAACGGUGACGGGCAGCACUCUGAAUGGAAGGAAGGAAUACCUGACGGCCGAGGAAGGAGACAAGGACAGAUGGGACUUCCUUAACUUUGCCAGCGCCUGGACGCCUUGUGAGAUGAUACUUCCCUUGGAGGCAAACACUGGGCGGACGGCAGAAGAUGAAGUGUACUUCACUCAUUUUGAGAAGGAGAAACAGCAUGAUAUUCGGAACUUCUUCUCACCGGGUGCCAGCAAGGAGAAGAAGAGGAAAAGAAUGCAAGAUAAAGAGUUCCCAUCCACUUCCUCCAAAACCAGCAAUCCUGCACCUGACGGUGGAAAGAACUCUGAGAGAAAGACAGAGGAGAAGGAAAAAUCCUGUUCUCAAACGUCUGUCACAGGUGACAACAACUUCUCUCCUUGUUUGAAGAGGCUCCGGGCGUUGCAGACCAGCUCGAGCCGAAGGUCUGCAUCCGGGGGCAGGAAAAGUUUGGCGCAGCGGGGUAGCACGUCGCCCAUCUUCUCUGCUCAUCAGGAGAUGUCAGAGUCGGACCCUUCCACACAGACGUGGGCCUGCGGGGCAUGUACGUACUCCAACAGCGCCCUGCUGCCUUACUGCGAGAUGUGCGAGUGGCCACGCUGUUCUUCAGGUGUCACAUCCGAGCCACCCGGGCCUCAGCUAACACCUUCAGCUGAGGAGGAGAAGGCGUGCAAUGUUCGGUCCGGCUCCGACAGAGAACCGCAGCUCAGCCUGCAGAAAUCCCAAACUCCGAAAUCGUACAAAGGCAAACAGAGCGAGGAGGAGGAGGAGGAGGAGGACAAACAGAAAGCAGGAGAUGCAGAGGGGGAGGACAAGCGGCACCUCAAAGGCAAACAAUCAGUGAGAGAACGAGGUGGCAGCGGCGGCACUUGCGGUGGCAGCUGCGUCCUCUCUGACCACACUAACGAACCAAGUGCUGCUAAUGCUAAUGACAGUGAUGCUGACAGCGAUACCACCAACGAAGCUGAGCCUGCAUACCCGGGCCUGCAGUUCUGUGCCAGCCAGUACACAGACCGAAUAUAUCUAUAUGAUAAGGACGGUGCUCCGUUAAACUUGAGCUUCGUCCCCCUGGACAUCAAACUAACCAACUGGGACGACCUGCCCGAGGACUUCAGCCGGCACCAGGAAAAUCGAAUACAGGUUCUACGCUUCGUUCAGGAAUGGAGCAGCCUGGCAGCCAUGAAGCAGAAGCUGCUCCGACGCAGCCGUCUCCUCUUCCACAGCCCCACCCUCGGCUUGCAGCAGCUGGCCGCCACUCAGCGACCUCACAACAGCACCAAGAGGUACCUCAGCCGUGACGAGGUGGCCCAAACCUCGUUGAGCAAGGCCCAGCAAGAGGGAGGCAGCGUGCGGCUGGUUGCCAAGGAGAACUUCUUCACCAAAAGGAAGUCGGCCUCGUCUCUAAAUUCCCCCACCUCAGACAGCUCAGGGAAGCAAGUUAGUGAGCAGCCAACAUCAGGAUUCCUGCAGGCGGUGAACAGCCACGGUGUCCCGCUGUGUCUAUCCUGUCAGAAGGCCUGUUCAACCACCGGUGGGGCCUGGGAUACUCGAUUUUGCAGCCACAGGUGCCAGGAAGACUUCCAGUUGCGCUCCAGUCAGACAUACAUGCGCUCCCGCGUGCUGGAGGCGGAGGAGGGCAUCUGCCAGCACUGUGGCCUCCACGCCCAUGACUUGUUUGUGAAGGUCCGCGAUGCGCCACCGUCCCAGCGCAAAGAGAUGCUGGAGAACACAUGGCUCGCCCAGCUGUCACUCAAACAGCUAAACGAGAUGAUCCGCUCUCCGGUGGAAGGUGAUUUCUGGCAGGUGGACCACAUCCGUCCAGUCUACAGUGGGGGAGGACAGUGCUCUCUGGACAACCUGCAGACACUCUGCACCGUCUGCCACAGAGCUAGGACAGCUCAGCAGGCCAAGGAGCGAAGCCGGAUGAGGAAGAGUACAGCGGCCUACAAGGUUGCCUCCGACAUCAGCAAAUUCUUCAUCAAGAAAUAAUGCCGGGCGCUCACUGGAAUCCCUUGUUGAGUCGCAACUGGCACUGAGAAACAAAAGGCCAAACUCCAUUGUUCUCCACACUUUUUGUUCAUGUCAACAGCAAACAGGGACAGCAACCAGUUUCCCCUCUCGUCCCCGAACCGUCACAAGUGUGGUGGCAUAUGAUUUAUGGCAGCCUCCCUUUUUGCUUGAGGCGUAAAUGGAGCAGGUUGCUUUGGAGACGUGCUGCUAUUUUCAGAUUUUGCAAACUUAGUGCAACGUUGCAGGUGAGAUGAAUAGUUGGUGAUUAAGGCUGCGUCUUACGACAAGCAAUGCCUUGUUUAUGUUCCUUUUCGAAAGAUGGAUGAGUAUCUUGUGGAAUAAAAACCUAUUUUUA